AUGGUGACGAAAUUCUACCAACAUGUACUUGCCUUGGCGUUUGCUGUGAAAGAAAUAAAUGAGAAUCCCAACAUCUUGCCCAAUGUCACACUGGGGUUCCACAUCUAUGAUAGCUAUUAUGAUGCAAGGAUGACCUAUCGGACCACGCUGGACCUGCUCUUCAAAAUGUGCAAAUUUGUCCCCAACUACAAAUGUGACUUUCAGAAAAACCUCGUAUCCAUCAUUGGGGGACUCGGGGCUGGUACCUCCUUUCUUAUGGCAGAGAUAUUAAGUCUUUAUAAGAUUCCACAGCUCACGUAUGGUUCAUUUCCCCCAGAGGAGAGUGAUGCAAGUCAGGUUCCUGCAUUUUACCGAAUGGUACCUAAUGAACUCUAUCAGUACAUAGGGAUUAUCAGCUUGCUUAAGCAUUUUGGAUGGACAUGGGUUGGACUCUUUACUCCAGAUGAUACCAAAGGAGAGUAUUUCAUUAACAUCCUGGAGCCACUGCUUUCCCAAAAUGGAAUUUGUUCAGCCUUCACACAAAGAAUCCCACAACUUGUCCACUACGAUGACUUUGAUAAAAUUAGUGAUAUAGCCUUAAAUAUGUAUGUACCAUUCACAGAUAAUAAAACCACUACAUUCAUCAUCUAUGGAGAAUCUCUGAUGAUUAUAUGGCUGAGAGCUAUCAUAUUUUUGCGAGAUCCUACAAAUAAGGAAGACAUUUCAUUUAGAAAGCUUCACCCCAUUUUUCAUGGCAUUUCAUUUAACAACACAACCAGAGAAACAGUGUCCAUUGCUGGUGAAAGAGAAAUGGGAAGUGGAUUUGACAUAAUGAACCUGGUCACAUUUCCAAACGAGUCCUUCCUUCGAAUGAAAAUAGGAUGGGUGAACCCUAAUGCUCUUGAUGGAAAAGAAUUCGUCAUUCAUGAGGACAUGAUUAUUUGGCACAGUGGUUUUAACCAGGUGGUGCCUGUUUCUGUGUGUAAUGACUACUGCUGCCCUGGUCAUCAGAAGAAAAAGAAGGAAGGCAAGAAAUUUUGCUGCUAUGAUUGUGUUCCAUGUCCAGAAGGGAAGAUUUCAAACAGAAAUGAUAUGGAAAACUGCUUCAGAUGCCCAGAAGAUCAGUAUCCAAACCAGGAAAGAAAUGGAUGCACCCCCAAAAUAAUAAGCUUUCUUUCUUAUGAGGAACCAUUAGGGAUCAGCUUAGCCUCAGUUGCUCUUACUUUUUCCCUAAUCACAAUAUUGGUGCUAGGAAUGUUUAUUCAACAGAAAAACACUCCCAUAGUGAAAGCCAACAACUGGGACCUCACCUGCACUCUCCUAGUCUCCCUCCUACUCUGCUUCCUCUCAUCUUUGCUGUUCCUAGGGAAACCCGGGAAAGUGACCUGCCUUCUUCGCCAACCAACUUUUGGCAUUGUCUUCUCAGUAGCUAUUUCUUGUGUGUUGGCCAAAACCAUCACUGUGGUUGUAGCUUUCAUGGCCACCAAGCCAGGCUCCAGUAUGAGGAAGUGGGUGGGGAAAAGACUGACCAAUGUCAUUGUUCUCCCCUGCUCUCUUACUCAAGCAAGUAUUUGUACUGUGUGGUUGAUGACUUCUCCCCCAUUCUCCAAUCCAGACAUGCACUCAGUAACAAAUCAAAUCCUUCUGCAGUGCAAUGAAGGGUCAGCUACCUUGUUUUACUGUGUCUUGGGUUACAUGGGCUUCCUGGCCAUUGCCAGCUUCAUUGUGGCAUUCAAAGCUCGCAAAUUACCUGACAGUUUUAAUGAGGCCAAGUUCAUUACAUUCAGCAUGUUGCUGUUUUGCAGUGUUUGGCUGACCUUUGUUCCAACCUAUCUGAGCACCAAGGGGAAAUCCAUGGUGGUUGUGGAGAUCUUCUCCAUCUUGUCUUCCAGUGCUGGAUUGUUGGGAUGCAUCUUUGCCCCAAAAUGUUACCUCAUUGUGCUGAGGCCAGAGCUAAAUAGCAGAGAGCAGCUAAUAAGGAGAAAGACGUGA